CUUCUCCAACGGCAAAUGAAGGAGCUCCACUCCAUCUACAGCAUCUUCAAUGGCGAUGGCGAUUAUUCAACCACACUGUGUUCGUUUUCGUCUUCCUUAUUCUUAUUCUUCUUCUUCAUCUUCUUUUGUCGGAAGCCUCCCAAUCAUCCCCGACCUCAAGCCUCCAAAGCAUCCGACCAACACCACCACAUAUUCCUCCUCUCUCUGCAAAGCUUCCUGGCAAGAGCUCGCCGGAGUGUUGGUCUUCUCAGCGAUUCCGUUCACCGCCGUGAAAGCCUUAGCUAAUAGCCCGCUUGGAGAGUCACUUCAGAGGCGCCUGGAGGAGAGGAAGAAAUUCGCAGUCGAGAAUGCUUCCAAGUUUAAGGCUUUGGCCGAGAAGGCCAGAAAAGAUAGCGUUUGGUAUGGAGAAGAGCGUCCCCGCUGGCUUGGUCCAAUUCCAUAUGAUUAUCCUGCAUAUCUUACAGGAGAGCUACCUGGGGAUUACGGUUUCGACAUUGCAGGUCUCGGCAAGGAUUCUGUGGCUUUCCAAAAGUAUUUUAACUUUGAAAUACUGCAUGCCCGUUGGGCUAUGCUGGCAGCUCUUGGUGUGGUGAUUCCAGAAAUAUUAGACCUCUUAGGUGCCUUUCACUUUGUGGAACCUGUCUGGUGGCGAGUUGGCUAUUCAAAACUCAAGGGAGAUACAUUGGACUAUCUAGGCAUCCCGGGACUCCACUUAGCUGGAAGCCAAGGAGUGAUUGUCAUUGCGAUUUGCCAAGCCCUGUUGAUGGUUGGGCCAGAAUAUGCAAGAUAUUGUGGGAUUGAGGCAUUGGAACCUCUUGGAAUUUAUCUACCGGGAGACAUAAACUAUCCGGGAGGAGCACUGUUUGAUCCAUUGAACCUCUCAAAGGACCCUGUAGCCUUUGAGGAACUGAAGGUGAAGGAGAUAAAAAACGGGCGGCUCGCCAUGGUUGCCUGGUUGGGCUUUUACAGCCAAGCAGCGCUCACUGGUAAAGGUCCCAUUCAGAACCUUAUUGAUCAUGUUUCAGAUCCUCUUCACAACAACCUUCUUUCCAUGCUUAAUCACUAACUCUGCCUGUCUUUGAGGGCUUUUAGGAUUUUGCAUUUGUAUAGUGUAUGUACAUAUUGAGCACAACUUUGCACCAGUAAAUAGUUCCUCCAAUUUAAUUGAUUUGUAUACCAUCUUCAGAAUCCAUGAGUUUGUCAACUAAGCUUUUAGGCUUUUGCAUAUCCGAAUAUUAUCAAGUCUUGGAAUCUGGAGGUCAAGCCCCGUCACAACUAGUUCAUUCCGGGCUUGUUGUAGAGGCCCAUAAAAAUCUGGUUGUGGAUCUGUAGUUUGGUCUUGAGCUGCCUAUCCAAAUACCAUUAUGGCU